AUGGAUGAGCAUAAGUUAGGCUACAAGGGAAAUGAUGUUCUCCAAGAGCUUGAAAUACUGACUUUGAAUGCCAAAGCAGCCCAAGAGCUUAUAUUGAGAAAAAUCCUUGAGAAGAAUCAUGUUACUGAAUACUUGAACCAAUUCAUGAAUGGGUCCACAGACAUUUCUGCCUUCAAGAGCCAGGUUCCAGUAGUGACAUAUGAUGUGGUCCAACCGUACAUUGCAAGGAUUGCAGCUGGUGAACCAUCUUCAAUUUUAUGCGGAGAACAAAUUGUAGAGCUGCUCAGAAGCUCUGGAACUUCUCGUGGUGAGCCAAGAUUGAUGCCAUCCAUCUCAGAGGAUCUUUAUCGUCGAACGUACCUGUAUAGUCUCAUCAUGCCUAUCAUGAACAAGUAUAUACGAGGCCUUGGUGAGGGGAAGGCGAUGUAUCUUCUCUUUGUAAAAGCUGAAACAUUGACAAACGCUGGCAUUCCAGUCCGAUCAGUCCUCACUAGCUAUUAUAAGAGCCCUCACUUCUUGCACCGGAAACAUGACCUGUACAACAAGUAUACCGGUCCUGACGAGGUCAUUCUUUGUCCUGACAGCGAGCAAAGCAUGUACUGCCAACUACUUUGUGGACUGGUAGAACGCCAGCAUGUCCUUCGUCUUGGAGCAGUUUUUGCCUCAGCAUUCCUUCGAUCAAUCAGCUUUCUUGAGCAACAUUGGUGUGACCUAGUUAAUGACAUCCGAAUCGGUCAGCUCAGUUCCAACAUCACCAAUUCCACGUGCCGGUUGGCCACACAAAGUUUUCUUGCACUGCCCAACCCUGAGCUAGCUGAUGAAAUUGAGGCGAUAUGCAGCUCUGAGUCAUGGAAGGGAAUUCUUGGCAAGCUCUGGCUUAAUGUUAAGUACAUUGAAGCUGUCCUUACAGGCACGAUGGCACAAUAUAUCCCCAUGCUUGAAUUCUACAGUGAUGGCAAGAUUCCCUUGGUCUGCACCAUGUAUGCUUCCUCAGAGAGCUACUUUGGUGUCAAUCUGAGGCCAUUGUGCAGCCCAGAAGACGUGUCUUACACCAUCCUUCCAAACAUGGCCUACUUUGAAUUCAUACCGUUGGAGGAUGGUCUCAAGUUGAUAGAGGAUGAUGAGGUAGUGGAGAAUGACAAGCUUGUCAGCCUGGUGGAUGUCAAGGUCGGAUGCUACUAUGAGCUUGUUGUCACCACAUUUUCCGGUCUUUACAGGUACAGGGUAGGUGAUGUACUUCAGGUUACAGGCUUCUACAACCGUUCACCACAGUUCAAAUUCGUCUGCCGGAGAAAUGUGAUCCUCACCGUUGAUUCAGACAAGACCAACGAGGAGGAUCUCCACAACAGCGUCACUCGGGCCAAGAAACUCCUGGAGAACCGAAACUACCUCCUCUUGGAGUACACUAGCUGCACCGACACCUCCACUGUCCCUGGCCACUACGUGUUGUUCUGGGAGAUCAAAUCUACCACCUAUGAAGGCGCGGCAACACCGUGCGUCCCUCUCGACGCCCAGCUCCUUGAGAGCUGCUGCAUCGCUGUCGAGGAGGCACUCGACUAUGUCUACAGGCGCUGCAGAGCCCACGACAAGUCGGUAGGGCCGCUGGAGAUCCGGCUGGUUGAAGCUGGCGCCUUUGAUGGUCUAAUGGAUCUGCUGGUCAGCCAGGGCAGCUCCAUUAACCAGUACAAAACUCCGAGAUGCGUCGAGUCCGGUCCUGCGUUGAAGCUGCUCAAUUCCAGGGUCACUGGCUCGUUCUUUAGCCCCCGGGAUCCUGAAUGGACUGUGUAAGCUUUCAGGUUUAGCGAUCUGGUGUGCUAUGCUUCCGAGGUUGUUCCAAGCUCUCUGUUCACUGUAUGCGCUGUGAGGAGGAGCUUUCCCUCGCCUUUCGCUUGGUUUGUGUGGCUUCACUGUUCAGAAGCUC